UUUAGGAUCUGGCUGGAUUUCCGCCCCGUCAGCGGGUGCCUGCGGAAGGGGGUUGGACUCCAAUGUCCGUUCUCUGCCCUCUCUAGGGCCGGUGCUGCGGAGAACCGAAAGAGACUUGGCAGGUUCCGCGGGAAGCCUCGCCGCUCUCCUGAGGCCCCGGCAGAAAGGGCCUUCGGAGACCUUCCCCGGGGACCCCGGCGCGUGUGUCCGUGGCAUACGCUCACCUUGGCCACCCGCUCUCCUUCGUGCCGUUGAGGUAACAGAAUUCAGUUACAAUGGGGAACGUUUUUGAAAAGCUGUUUAAAAGCCUUUUUGGGAAAAAAGAGAUGCGGAUUCUUAUGGUGGGGUUGGAUGCAGCUGGAAAAACCACCAUCCUGUAUAAACUGAAGCUGGGAGAGAUCGUGACUACUAUCCCUACAAUAGGUUUCAAUGUGGAGACAGUGGAAUAUAAAAAUAUCAGCUUCACAGUCUGGGAUGUCGGUGGCCAGGACAAAAUCAGACCUUUGUGGCGACAUUAUUUCCAAAACACCCAAGGUCUGAUUUUUGUGGUAGACAGUAAUGACAGAGAGCGGGUCAAUGAGGCCCGAGAAGAACUAACCAGAAUGUUAGCAGAAGAUGAGCUCAGAGAUGCAGUGUUAUUGGUGUUUGUAAAUAAACAGGACCUUCCCAAUGCUAUGAAUGCAGCAGAGAUAACAGACAAGCUUGGCUUACAUUCCCUUCGCCAGAGAAACUGGUACAUUCAGGCUACUUGUGCCACCAGUGGAGACGGGCUUUACGAAGGCCUGGACUGGCUCUCCAACCAGCUCAAAAACCAGAAGUGAUCGAUCGGCAGUGAUCCAUUCCCUGUGCAUUGUGGUAAAAUCGCUGGCCUCUUCUGUGUGCAUGUGUGCGUGUGAGGAGCCAAGUGUGGGUGCGUGGCUGGGAGUGGGAGCAGCUUUCUCACACUGUGCCUUAUACAUGCUGUAAGAAAACCAGUAUUACAUCUGAAGAAAAACCAGUGUUACAUUUUAAACGCUACCUUCCAUUUCAAUAGCUUUGAUGAUCAUUUCACAGUUGUUGUUGGAGUUCUGAGGGCUUACUGUGCGUGAGAGCCAGAGGGGUCUUCAAGGCGGAAGGAGGCUGAGAGUGGGAGCGUAGACGAGUUCGGUUGUCACAGUCCUGUGUCUUCCAUCUCUGCAUACCCGGAGUCCUGUUCAACUUUGGCUUCCUUUGGUGAAAAGGAAGGAAUUGUCAUUCUUCCCAUCCCUGCCAGAGCUGGCAGCUCCUUUUCAGUGCUUUACAGCACAUGAUCCUGAAGAAAGGAAAGGUCCUUGCUUGCUGCAGGUGUGAAGAGGUUCAGAUAUGAACUUCCCCCUUAAGUUAUAUUUUAGCCCAGACUUCCUGGCUCAACAUGCUUUAUUUAAAGCAAUCAGCCAUCUUUUUCAUUAUGUACAGUACUCCAUAACACUAAAAGUUAUCCAGUCCUUUCCUUACACCAGUUCCUCCCUUUAUUUGUCUCUCUACGGUGGAGACCAUUUGGGUAGUGACCAAGGGUGAGGCUAAGGCUCUUUACCGGAGCACCACAGUCGCGCGAAGGGUCUUGUUAAGGAAGUGAGGGGACGGGUCAUGUUCGUGUCCUCGCAUCACCAUCUCAGGUUUCAGGCUCCUGAGGCUGCUGCUCCCACUUCUCUGCUCUGUGCUGAAUGUGCUACACUCAAAACAGGAGGGUCCCUCCUGGGAUGGAAUCGUCACCAUGUACAGUAAUCUUAGUUCAACUUAGAGUUUUGAUUAGCUGCUGUUCCCAUAAACACACACCUGUGAGUUCUGAGGCUUUGUGCCAUAAUCAAGGGGUAGAUUUUGGGGACGAGACUCCCAGUAACCCCUGGUAUUGCCCCCAAGUUGGUGCUAAAUUUUGUUAUGAAAAAUGCCUCUCUAGUCUAGACCAGUCUCCGUGGCUCCCUCUUGGGGAUGGCAAUAAUGUGCUUUGUGUUGUCCUCAAGAUGUUAAUAAGAAUGGCCUGAAAAUGAGCGAAGGCCAAUUAGUAGCUAGACCUCUUUUGCCCAGACACUUGGUGGUCAGAUUUGUACCUAAGCACUUCCACUGUUUAACCUUUUUAAAUUCCUUUUUCAAAAAGUCUUUAUUUAAACUACAGAGGAGGGGAAUGUGAAGGUGAAUUUUAUCAGAAGUAAACCUUGUUUAUGGAUAACCGUAAAAUUGAUAUUACUAGGAAAAAAAUGUUAUGCCAUGAUAAGUGGAGUGUAAUGUCUUUCUUUAAAGAACGUUCAUCACAAUACAGGCAACUAAGUUCAGAUGUGAUUUGUAACCAUGGGGUAAUUCCUGAGAAAUAUUUAGAUUGUACGCCUCACACUGGCAGGGAUUGUGUUGUAUACUUUUGUAUUGUGCUUAGUACAGUGUACCUGGUACAGUGCUGGGCCUCAUUAAACAUUUGAUUGGUUGGGCAAUAAAGAACUUGCUUUGGAAGGAGGAGAGGACAGCCA